AUGAAGUUGAACAUUUCGUACCCGCCCAACGGUACGCAGAAGACGUACGACUUCGAGAACGAGGCCGCUGUGCGCCCCUUCUACGAGAAGCGCAUCUCGGCUGAGGUCCCCGCUGACUCCCUCGGCGAUGACUGGAAGGGCUACGUCCUCCGCAUCUCCGGCGGUAACGACAAGCAGGGCUUCCCCAUGCGUCAGGGUGUCCUCACCAACCGCCGCGUGAAGCUCCUCAUGUCCGAGGGCCACUCUGGCUACCGCCCCCGCCGUUCUGGCGAGCGCAAGAAGAAGUCUGCUCGUGGUUGCAUUGUCGACUCCAACCUGAGCGUCAUCGCCUGCAUCAUUGUCCAGAAGGGCGAGAAGGAGAUUGAGGGCCUGACCGAUGUCACCCGCCCUCGUCGCCUCGGACCCAAGCGCGCCAACAACAUCCGCAAGCUGUUCAACCUGACCAAGGAGGACGAUGUGCGCAAGUACGUCAUCCGCCGCAAGAUCGAGAAGGACGGCAAGGUUGUCAACACCAAGGCCCCCAAGAUCCAGCGUCUGAUCACCCCUGAGCGUCUGCAGCGCAAGCGUUGCGAGCUCGCCCAGAAGCGUGCCAACCGCGCCCACCAGAACCAGCUCAAGGCCGAGUACUCUGAGAUGCUCGCCAAGCUGCAGAAGGAGCGCGCUGAUGCUCGCGCCGCCCUGCACCAGAAGCGUCGUAUCUCGUCGCGCAAGUCGAAUAAAACACCCUGCCAAGCCUUUUGUGGUUGAAUCGUGACACUGCGCCUUGUCUCCUGCCUUGCCGUGUCACUGUGCUUCGCACGGGAGCGAUUUAAUGACAUAGUAAAGAAUUGACGGGGAUCAGCC